GGGCAAUCUUGAGGAAUAAUGAGAUGCUGACGUGGUCAGAGAAAAUCAAAAUUUCAAUUGGACUUCUUCCAGCCAUGCUUGGUGGGCAGGCGUAUGUUGAGGCUCAAGAUGGUGUUUCUGUUAAAGAAUGGAUGAGAAAGCAGGCGAAGAAAGAGUGUUUUGCAUCGUGCCUCUCCACUUGUUAUGAGCUAAUACGGCCAGAUGUUGCAUUAGAGCUAGCCUGGAAGAACAAUAUGAUGGAUUUUUCCAUACCUUAUCUCUUACAGGUUGCCCAUGUAUGGAGAAUUGAAGCUUGCCCUAUUCAUAUUCAUGUGGUAUCCCAAAACUAAGGCCUAGAGGCGGUCGAGGUGGAGGUCCUGCCUUACUGAAUCGCGGCGCUGGGUCACUUCGAUCAGAUUAUUGCUAAUCUUACUUUGCUGCUGCAAACAGGUUCCUAAAUCCUUCACUUUGCUCGGGCCGUUGCUCACUUAGCUCAUCUCACUUGGCUGCUGCAAACAGAUAGAUGGAAGACAAUGAUAUUACAAGGGGCAGUGGAAGAGGUGCUGGUAUAAGCAUCAACAAAGUUAAGGGAAAUAAGGGAGGUAAGCAUAAAACUACUUUGUCACAUUCUUCUAGAUUACAAGCACCUAGGCAUGCAGACACCCAACAAUCCCUAUCUACAAAGCAACCUACACAUCAUCCCAUAUCUCAAACACAUACUAACUUCCCACCUUUCCUCUCUACUUCAAGUCCACAAAUGUCUACUGUCCAUGCUCCCAUUUCUCAAAUACCUACAAAUACCCAACAACCCCGCUCUACAAUGAAACCUACACAUCAUCUUACAUCUAAAACACCUUCAAAUAUCCAACAAUCCCUAUCUACAAAGCAGCCUACACAUCAUCCCAUAUCUCAAACACAUACAAACUUCCCACCUUUCCUCUCUACUUCAAGUCCACAAAUGUCUACUGUCCAUGCUCCCACUUCUCAAAUACCUACAAAUACCCAACAACCCCACUCUACAAGGAAACCUACACAUCAUCUUACAUCUAACACACCUUCAAAUAUCCAACUUCCACAACCUACAAGGCAAUCGAAACAUCAUCCCAUAUCUCAAACAUUUACAAAUUUCCCACCUUUCCUCUCUACUCCAAGUCCACAAAUGUCUACAAUUCAUGCUCUCACCUCUCAAAUACCUACAAAUAUCCAAUCUCCCCACUCUACUCCUAGUCCACCACAUCUUUCUAAUACACAUAGACCAUAUGAUGUUGUAUCUGGUGGUGAUCCACAUGCAUCAUCAUCAUCAUGUGAUGAUUCGUAUCCGAUAGCUGGGAGUACAGAUCCUACUGAUAGGCGUAUAUGGAUCCGUCCGGGACCACAGUUAACGUUUGAGCCUGCUGUUAAGCCCCCGCGUGACAUUACAAAGAUUAUGAAACGUUUGUUUCAAGGGACUUGGGCAACUUAUGGAGAGUUAAUGAAAAAUGACACGGCUCUUGCGGACUUGUGGUAUAACGAGUUUCAGAGGAUAUAUAAGUGGCUUCCUGAGCAUGAUCAAGACAUAAAGAAGACUUAUCAUCAUAAGGCAUCUGAUGGGUACCAAAAUACAAUGUAUCGGGUACGAAGAGGAAUGGACAAAGGCGAAUGGAUCCCUGCUCUAUUGCGUGAAAAAUUGGUACAAAAUUGGGAAGAUAGUAAAUGGAAGGACAAAGCAGCAGUUAAUAAGCGAAAUAGAAGAUCCUCUAAUGGUCCAUUGCACACUUGUGGGUCAAUUUCAACAAUUGAACAUUCUAAAAGAUUAAAAACUAACUCAAACAUGACUCCAAGUUGUUGGGAAGUGUAUCUAAGGACACACAAAAUGAAAGGUGAUCCAUCAAAGUGGGUAUCCUCCAAAUCUCAAAUGGUUGCGGAUGAAUAUGAAAGACGGAUUUUUGAUAGGAACUCACAACAAACAGAGGGGGAUGAUGUGUCUAAUGACCAUCAGUCAGACAACUUCAUCUUCUUGGACGUAGUUGGAGGAGUUGACAAGAAAGGACGUAUUUAUGGUUUGGGGACAGAGGCAGGAAAAUACAAGCCUUCUUCAUCCAGGUCAUCUGAUGGCAUCUCACCAUCUGAAUAUGAGCAUAUGAGGACUGCAAUAUCUAAAAUGUUAGCUGAAAACAUGGAACUCAAGGAACGGUUGAAGACUAACGAGGAAUUGAUUCGUGCAUCACAGGAGGAGUCACGUUUAGCUCGAGAGCAGGCACAACAGUCACAGGAGGAUUCACGAUUGCUCCGAGAGCAGUUCCAGAAAUUAAUGGAGUCUUUUACACAAGGCCAUUCGCAUCUACCUCCUUAUCAACCUCAUCGUUCGAGUUAGGAUUAACAUCUGUGUCCACCUACAUGAUUAUUUAUCAUAUUA